AUGUGCCAGCUGGGAAAAUGCUCAGACCCUUCGAUUGAUAGUAGGACAGACAAAAAAGGAAGACCGAUCGAUCAAGCGGUACCAAAAACGCGCCGCGGAAAACGAGACCAAAAUGACGUUUGGUUGCGACAGCAGAAACCGUUGGCUGGAGGAAUUACCGGUCGCACUGGAGGAACCAAAAAGAAAAAGGUUAAAAAAGAAUCGGCAGCACUACGAAAACAUGGAAAAGAUUCACCUUCUGGUGGUAUUGAAGCCAUGUUGCCUUCCUUGAUCGGUGUAGGAAUCCUUGUGUUUGCUGUCAUGGCGCAACAAGGCUUUCGAGGAAGAGCAUCGGUGGCUGGGAUUGACCUUGGAACAACCAAUAGUGUAAUAUGUGUCCAGGCACCCUCAAAGGGGGUCGGAGAAAUCGACUGUAUUUCAGAUCCGGAAUCAGGAUCUGCAAUUAUUCCAUCUGUUGUUUCCUUUCUAGAACCACACGAGAGAAAAAUUGGACCAUAUUCAAAGAUAGCGUCUAGCUUGGUGCCACAUCCAUCUCAUGUUGUCGUUGGAAGUAGGGCAAAGCAUCGCAUUGAUUCCCAUCCCACACACACGCUUUAUCAUGCAAAACGAGUUCUCGGAAGGCCUGCCGACGACCCUGCGAUUGCUGAGCUGAACCAAGAAGUAGAGUACAAAAUGAUUCAAGGGACAAUAGAAGAUGAAGGAGUCAUGUUUCAAGUAAAUGGUCAUAUCAUUUCUCCUCGACAAGUGGGCAGUUAUGUCGUCUUUCACUUGCUUCAAAUUGCCAAAACGUUUCUAGGACAUGACAACAUAAAGUCAGCAGUCUUGGCAGUUCCUGCAAAGUUUGAUACACGCCAACGUCAGCUUACUAUGGAAGCUUUUCAACAAGCUGGAGUAAAGAUAUCCCGUGUUCUGGAAGAGCCGUCGGCUGCUGCACUCGCUUAUGGGCUCCACAAGAAAGAAGGUGUUGAGAAGAUUCUUGUCUACGACUUUGGAGGCGGUACGCUAGAUGUUUCCAUUCUGCACAUUAGUGAAGGAUACGUGGAAGUCAUGGGGUCCGAUGGCGAUGACCGACUAGGAGGUGCUAACUUUGAUGGUGCAGUCGCUAAUCUUCUUUUGAGGCAACAUCAACAAAUCUUGAGUGACAUUGAUGCGGCUGGGGUUAAUGUUGAAGAGCUGUCUUUGUCGUGCCCUCAAGUUUCAAAUGACGUGCCCUUGUGCACAAUAUCAUCCUUCCAUACUCUAGGAGAAAGAAUGAAGAUUGCGUUAUCCGGAAUGGAGAGAGUCAAAUCUUCGUGCCUUUCGUUACCAUCUAUGAAGCAACCACACGGCGAGUCAAGAGACUUCUCUUGUGAAGACCUUGUCAAACAAGAUCUGGAAUUAUCACUUGACGACUACAAUGCAGCUGUCAAGCCCCUUUUUGACCGUUCCCUCAUUCCGAUCACAAGACUAAUGGACGACUUGACAUUGGAAGCCGACGAUAUUCAAGAAAUUGUUAUGGUCGGAGGUACAACUAGAAUGCCACAAAUUCGAAAGCUUGUCUCUGAAGCAUUUGGCAGUGCUCAACUGAAUACGCACAUAGAUCCAGAUAUUACAGUCGCAUAUGGAGCAGCAUCCGUUGUUGAUUAG